GAGCCUUAGCAGCCGCAACCCCCCCCCUUAUAUCCCCUCCGCCGAUCGCCACCUUCCCUUCUAGACUUCGGGCGCCGCACCAACAUCACCGUGGAGAUCGGAAACCACCGCCGUGACGAGCGCUGCUGCUGCUACCCUUCGCCGACGACGACAAGCGACGCGCCGCCACCUCUGUUGAGAUCGUCAACCACCGGACGUCGCCACAGCCUCAGUGCCGAUGAAGACGGGGUUGUGUCGCAACCCACCUCGCUGCCGAUGAAGAAUCGAUCGCUGCUUUCUCUCUCUCCAUUCUUUUUCUUCUUGUUCGCUCCAUCCGUCGCUGUUGGCUCGCCCCUGUUUUCUCCGGUCAACGUCGCCACCCCAAAGGGGCUGUCAUGUUCGUGUGGGUGGGACUUCUGUCGUGUAGGGCCGUGAGGAACCACCAUGGCAGCCGACCAUGGUGGCUACUGCCGUCAAAUGCCGCCAUCAAACCCCCUUCAUGAUUAAUGAAGAACUGCUCGAUCGGGAGUCUGUCAUCCAACAGCUAUGGUUUUGUCAGCAGGACUUCAGCAGUGUGAGGUACUCAGUUUUCAAAAGAGGAGCUCGGGAAAAUUGCAGUGCACACACCAUCUGUUCAGCCUGGGAUGUUUAUACUCUGAUAUUUUGACAAUUGUUACGAUAUCUUGAGAUACACUGUUUAUGAUUUUUAUAUGAUGUUUGAUGACUAUG